CCAGAGCUUUUACUGUCAGGUCUUCAUCCUUUAAUUAAGAGACGUACCCCAGCUGUGGUCCUUCCUGCCCCUCCGUCCUUCCGGUAUGUCUCUCUCGUUCCCCCCCGCGUCUGGGUAACAUGGUACAAGCUGCGUACGCAGCACCGCCUGCAGUCGUGCCGGGCUGUACUGAUGCUGAACCGUGAUUACUGAUUGAAAUCUAGACGGAUCUGACACCGGUGCCGAGCGGAGAGUAACGGAGAGGAUCACCAUGUAGACAGGACCUGAGAGGAGACGGGCUGAAAUGGGAAACGCUGUGUGGAGCACCGUGGCUCUGCAGCAGCAGCGCUGAAUUCCAGGACCUCGCCGUCCCUGCUCUUCCUCACCGCUGGAUUUUUUUUCUCUCCCCCCCCCCAACAACAUAACCGUACCCGUUUAGUUUCCGUCUCCAUCGUCCUCUCGUCUCGUCUCUCCUCCUGAUCCUCGAGUCGCCGUUCCAGAAUCCGAGCAUCACGCACUGCGCUGCCAUGGGGGACAUGAGGAACAGCGAUUUCUAUGCCAAGAACCAAAGAAACGACUCCGUCGGGAGCGGUGGCGGCAGCGGCGGCUUCGGCUGCUCCGUGAUGGAGCUGCGCUCGCUCAUGGAGCUCCGAGGCACCGAGGCGGUGGUCAAAAUUCAGGACGAUUACGGAGGCAUCGCCGCACUCUGCCAGAGGCUGAAGACCUCGCCGACGGAGGGUUUGACGGGAGACCCGACUGACCUGGACAAGAGGAAAGAAGUGUUUGGGAAGAACCUCAUACCUCCAAAGAAGCCAAAAACCUUCCUACAGUUAGUGUGGGAGGCCCUACAGGACGUGACCCUCAUCAUCCUGGAGAUCGCCGCCCUCAUCAGCCUGGGACUUUCCUUCUAUCAGCCGCCCGGCGGGGACAACGAAGCGUGCGGGGCGGCGAACACCGGAGCCGAGGAUGAAGGUGAGUCCGAGGCCGGGUGGAUCGAAGGCGCCGCCAUCUUGCUGUCGGUGGUGUGCGUGGUGCUCGUCACUGCCUUUAACGACUGGAGUAAAGAGAAGCAGUUCCGCGGUUUACAGAGUCGCAUCGAGCAGGAGCAGAAGUUUCAGGUGGUGCGAGGGAGUCAGGUGAUCCAACUUCCUGUGGCCGACAUCGUCGUGGGGGACAUCGCGCAAAUCAAAUAUGGUGAUCUUCUUCCAGCCGAUGGGAUUUUGAUACAAGGAAAUGAUCUGAAGAUCGACGAGAGCUCCCUCACAGGAGAGUCCGAUCACGUUCGGAAAGCUGCAGAUAAAGAUCCCAUGCUCCUCUCUGGUACCCAUGUGAUGGAGGGUUCAGGACGGAUGAUCGUCACGGCGAUCGGCGUGAACUCUCAGACCGGGAUCAUCUUCACCCUGCUGAGUGCCGGUGGAGAAGAGGAGGAGAAGAAGGAGAAGAAGGGUCAGGCUGUGGAAGACGGCCGACAGCUAGCAGACCACUCCCAUCCCUCCUCCCACCCCAUCGCAACUAUAGCCACCGAUGGUGCUGCAGGCGCAAACGCCCCCGGUAAUGCCAGCCUAGUCAAUGGUAAAAUGCAGGAUGGAAAUAUGGAGAACAACCAGACCAAAGUGAAGAAGCAGGACGGCGCGGCGGCGAUGGAAAUGCAGCCGCUGAAGAGCGCCGAGGGUGGAGAGGCCGACGAGAAGGAGAAGAAGAAGGCCAACGUCUCGAAAAAGGAGAAAUCCGUCCUGCAGGGCAAACUGACCAAGCUGGCCGUGCAGAUCGGCAAAGCAGGUCUCUUGAUGUCGGCCAUCACGGUGAUAAUCCUGGUGCUCUACUUCGCCAUCGAUAACUUUGUGCUCCAGAAGAAGCCGUGGCUGCCCGAGUGCACGCCCAUCUACAUCCAGUACUUCGUCAAGUUCUUCAUCAUUGGUGUGACGGUGCUGGUGGUGGCCGUUCCUGAAGGACUUCCUCUGGCUGUUACCAUAUCGCUGGCGUACUCCGUCAAGAAAAUGAUGAAGGACAACAACCUGGUGCGCCACCUGGACGCCUGCGAGACCAUGGGCAACGCCACGGCUAUCUGCUCGGACAAAACGGGCACGCUGACCACCAACAGGAUGACGGCGGUACAGCUGUACUCGGCCGACGUUCACUUCAAAGUGAUCCCCGACCCGAGCGCGCUCCCCUCCAAAACUCUGGACAUGCUGGCCAACGCCAUCUCCAUCAACAGUGCUUACACCACAAACAUCCUGCCCCCAGAUAAAGAGGGCGGGCUGCCCAAGCAGGUGGGCAACAAGACGGAAUGUGGCCUGUUAGGACUGGUGCUGGACCUGAAGCGUGAUUACCAGACCAUCAGGAACCAGAUCCCCGAGGAGAAGCUCUACAAAGUCUACACCUUCAACUCGGUCAGGAAAUCCAUGAGCACUGUGGUCAAACUUCCCGACGGCAGCUUCAGGAUGUACAGCAAGGGGGCGUCGGAGAUAGUGCUGAAAAAGUGCAGCCGUAUCCUGAGCGAGGUGGGCGAGCCGCGGGUCUUCCGUCCACGCGACAGAGACGAGAUGGUGAAGAAAGUGAUCGAGCCCAUGGCCUGCGACGGGCUCAGGACCAUCUGCGUGGCCUACAGGGACUUCUCUGGCGAUCCGGAGCCGAACUGGGACGACGAGAACAACAUCCUGACCGACCUGACGGGCAUCUGCGUGGUCGGCAUCGAAGAUCCGGUCAGACCAGAGGUACCAGACGCCAUCCGUAAGUGUCAGCGCGCGGGCAUCACGGUGAGGAUGGUAACCGGCGACAACAUCAACACCGCCAGGGCCAUCGCCAUCAAGUGUGGCAUCAUCCACCCGGGCGAGGACUUCCUGUGCAUCGAGGGCAAAGAGUUCAACAGGAGGAUUCGCAACGAGAAAGGAGAGGUGGAACAGGAGCGCAUCGACAAGGUUUGGCCCAAACUGCGAGUGUUAGCUCGAUCCUCUCCAACAGACAAACACACACUCGUCAAAGGUAUCAUCGACAGCACGCUGGUGGAACAGAGGCAGGUCGUGGCGGUAACAGGCGACGGUACCAACGACGGUCCUGCACUGAAGAAAGCCGACGUGGGCUUCGCGAUGGGAAUUGCAGGUACAGACGUGGCUAAAGAGGCCUCGGAUAUCAUCCUGACCGACGAUAACUUCAGCAGCAUCGUGAAAGCUGUGAUGUGGGGCCGUAACGUCUACGACAGCAUCUCCAAGUUCCUGCAAUUCCAGCUCACCGUUAACGUGGUGGCCGUGAUCGUGGCGUUCACUGGAGCCUGCAUUACACAAGACUCUCCGUUAAAAGCCGUUCAGAUGCUGUGGGUGAACCUGAUCAUGGACACGUUCGCCUCUCUGGCUCUGGCCACCGAACCUCCCACCGAAUCCCUGCUCAUGAGGAGACCGUACGGACGCAACAAGCCCCUGAUCUCCAGCACCAUGACCAAGAACAUCCUGGGUCACGGCAUCUACCAGCUCAUCAUCAUUUUCACUCUGCUCUUCGUCGGUGAGAGGAUAUUCGAUAUCGACAGCGGCAGGAACGCACCCCUGCACUCCCCUCCGUCCGAACACUACACGAUCAUCUUCAACACCUUCGUCAUGAUGCAGCUCUUCAACGAGAUCAACGCUCGCAAGAUCCACGGAGAGAGGAACGUGUUCGACGGCAUCUUCAGAAACCCCAUCUUCUGCUCCAUCGUCAUCGGCACGUUCGCCAUUCAGAUCGUGAUCGUGCAGUUUGGUGGGAAGCCCUUCAGCUGCUCUCCUCUGGAUAUAGAGAAGUGGAUGUGGUGCGUGUUCCUCGGGCUGGGAGAGCUCCUCUGGGGACAGGUCAUCUCGACCAUCCCGAACAGUAAGCUGAAGUUCCUGAGGGGAGCAGGUCAGCUGACCCAGAAAGACGAGGUGCCGGAGGAGGAUCUGGAUGAGGAUCAGGAGGAGAUCGAUCACGCGGAGAGGGAACUACGGCGGGGGCAGAUCCUCUGGUUCCGCGGCCUCAGCAGAAUCCAAACUCAGAUCGAGGUGGUGAACACGUUCAAGAGCGGGACUUCCUUUCAGGGGGCACUGAGGCGCCAGUCCUCCACCACCAGCCAGAAUCAGGAUAUCCGUGUGGUGAACGCAUUCCGCAGCUCCCUCUACGAAGGUCUGGAAAAACCGGAAUCCCGAACCUCCAUCCACAACUUCAUGACGCACCCCGAGUUUAGAAUAGAGGACUCCACGCCCCACAUCCCCCUCAUCGACGACACCGACAUGGACGACGAGGCGGCCCGGAAAAACUCCAGCCAGCCGUCGUCGCCCAACAAGAACAACAACGCCAUCGACAGCGGCAUCAACCUCACCACCGACACCAGUAAAUCCGCCGCCUCGUCCAGUCCCGGGAGCCCCCUUCACAGCCUGGAGACCUCGCUCUAGCCCUCAUCGCCCCCCAAUAAAUCUAUCACACCCAUCACACAGGACGAUUCACGUCUGAGAAACGUUACGAGCCGGCGCACACCGAGCUGUGCCCGCGCCGCUGACUGAACGGAUAAACAAACGCUCUAUUUUAUUUUAUUCUCCUCCGUCUCCGCGGAUCCCCCCUCCGCCAGGGGAUCGAGAUGCUCUCUGGAUCGACUUGAAAUAAACACACACGAGAAACGUUUCCCAUCAGAUAAGAGACGGACGCUGAGAAUGAUCUCAACUGAAUUCAGCUAACAGCUCCUCCUGCAUGAAUGUACACGACACCACCCCCGUCUUUAUUUUCCUCUCCCCAAAAUAAUAAUAAAAACUGUUCGGAUUUGAUUUUGUCGGCCGUGAAAGUGCCGUGGACGGCGAACAUUAAGACUUUUAAGACUUUUGAGUAUCGUGUGUGGCAUGUACCUAACUAUAGAUCUUAUAUUUGGUUAACGAACGAUGAAGUCUAAGGAGGUGUACGCAGGGCGCUCGACUUGCACAAGUACUUUUUUUUUUGCACCGGUGGGAAAAAGAAGAACCUACGGAGACAUAGCAUUUCUUAUAAAUAAAAAAUUACGGUAUACGAUAUACAUGAAUAUAAAAUAUAUAUAUAUACUGUAUAUAUAUAUAUAUAUAUAUAUAUAUAUAUAUAUAUCCGGAGUUUCUCUUUGUUGGCAUGUUGCCUUGUUUCUGCUUCAAUGACUUAUUAUACUACUUUAACUUAUUUAUGUCCUAAGAGAAUGUAAUUUGUUUACAAAACCACAUAGACGCGUCCUGGUUUCUUUGUAGGGAUUUAAACGCUCCGGCAGACGCGUUCGAGCCGUUUAGGUGUUUUAUUACAGAAGCGUGUGCUGGACUUGCCUGCUAUUUUGUCAUAUAAUGUAGAUAUUUUUAGAGGAAUUACAAAAAAACAAACCAAAAUAUAUAUAGUGAGUGGGAUUAUAUAACGGCAUCUUAGUAUUAUACAACUGUUGGGAUGAACUGAGCAGCUCCCCGUCUUUAAUAUUAUUAUUAUUUUUAUGUUUUGUUUGUUUAGCUGUUGGUUUUAUUUCUAUAUUUGCAAAUAUGAGCAUCAAUUUCAGGUUUUACUUUAGGAAAUGUAUUUUUCACUCCACACGCCGCCGUGGACGUUCUGUUAACACCAAACCUUGUAAAUUAAGUUCGAUUCGGCCGUUCGGAGAGUCGGUUUGUGUUCAGAAUCUCGUGCUUUAUUGUGCUGAUUCUUUUACUUGUGUGUUUAUUUUCUUUUAAAGAAGAGCCGGCUUCUGAGCCUCUGAGCUUCUGAGCUGUCGACACUAAGCUAAAAAACAAACAACAACAAAAAAACACAAAAACAUGGAAUGUUGCUUUUGAAUUUUUCUAAGAAGAUAAUAUAUAAAUAUCUAUAUAAAUAUAUACGAUGAUGAUCAUUUUCUGCACUAUCCAGAUAUGAAUGAAAUUCUGUGGUGUAAAUCUUAGAUGUGCUUCUGUGUGUUAAAAAUCAAAGCUCGUCUUCCUGCGGUCAGUUACUCUACUCUAGCAUCUCAGCAGUAUUCGCUAGUCGUUCAAUAUUUAUCUUGCGAUGGAGAGGACGAACCGAAAACCCCACGGCACGGUUACAGAGGGGACCGACGUUUUCCUCCCGUUCCUAACGAAUUCUUCUCGAUUGUACUAAAUUAAACCCACGAGGAAGCGUGGAUGCUGGACGUGGAUAUUUAGCGCUUCAUAUGCAAGUUCUGAUCCUGACCUGAUUCAUUUUUUAAUGAUUAUUAUUUUCCUCAUCUUAAGAUGGUGCACAAGCUUUAAUCAUUAGCUCAGGCAUGCGUUAGCUAGUUUAAGAGUCAGAAAUCCACCGGGGUCGUUCCGAAAUCCUCUGUUCUGCAGUAACUGUACUCUGAGACGAGUGAAUGUGAAACGUUCGCGCACAGACAGGACUGGGACCCCAUCGUUAACUCCAUCCUACCACACGUUCAAGAUUUCUAAUCGGCCUGCUUUUUCCAGGCCUAAAAAAUAACGGAUGCAGUUCGAACCCCCUUCCCUUUCCCCUACCCCCCCCCCCAACCCAUUUUCGAGCUUACUCUUAAUAAUUCUGAACAAUAAUAUUUCUUGCAAUACAUCAGCUUCUAUGUACUGUACUUAGCAAGCAUGCAUUUUGUGGAACAAAGAAGAAAAACUGAUAACUGAUGCCACCGCUGCUUUGGGUGGUUUAGCAAUUUAUGGGUAAAAACGUUAAGUGUUCAUUCAUCUUGUUUUAUGAUUUUUUUUUUUAAUCUAUACAAUAACUGUAAAUAAAGAAUUCAAUGUUCUUGUUCAUUUAAUACUA